GACAGUCCUUUAUGUGCUCAGUGUUCUUGGUAAUUAUGCUGUUUCUUUGCAGUGUCUGUGUUUCAUUGUUAAAUAGUUUGAAUAAAUCAGUGUCAGAGACAGUAUCUUGGCAUAUAAAGUGCGCCUAAGGAAACUGGUGGAUAUGGUGGCACCAAAUUAAAUCCGCCUCAGUAAAGGUGGUCCCUCUUCAUGUCAUAUUGGGAUGACUGGUGACAUUGAUAGAGUGAGUGUGAUUCCUAAAUGUCUCUUAAGUGUAAUUGUGUUCUGUUUCAGUGAGUGGAGAUGACAGAUCUGAGAUGUUCACAGUGGAAAGCUCGGCCUACGGCACACACACAUCAGCAGCACCAUCUGAAGCCCCCUCUGAAUGGGGCUAUCAGGAAUCCAUAAACACUGUGAGUUCUGGAAUUGGCUCUAUGAGUUCUGGAACUCCGAGAGGUUCUAAGAAAGCUGGAAAGUUCAGAGCUGAGAAGACUGGCCCAGAGUCAGGAAACAUCGGCCGUCACUAUGAGAUGGACAGAAAGAGAGGAAAGAGAUUGGAGGAAAUGGAGGAGAGAGGGAAACAACAGGGAGCAGAGGACAGAGAGAUGGAGGACAGACAGAUGGAUGUCCUCGGGCAGAGAGAUGCUCAUACAGUUUCAGUUGGGGAAGUGGAAGAUAUGUGUAGUGCUGAAGACAGGGAAUGCCAUGGAGAUGUAGAGGUCUUCACACCAGAGAUCACUACUUCAGAGAGGACCACAUACAGGUUCAGCUGUAGCUCUGCAGGUGUGUUCCAGUGUCGUUACACAGGCCUGGUCUUCAAAACGGACACAGCGGCUGAGGUGCAGUACCACACAGCGUCCUGGGACAACGGACAGCUGGAGUGUGAAGGUUUAAUGGCAGCUGGUCCCCUGUUCAAGAUGAAAGGUCUUCAGGGGACGGUCAGCCAGCUGGGAUUUCCACACUGUGAGAUUAUUUCCAGUGAUAAGACUCCACCACUAACUAUAAUUCACAUAAGUGACAAAAGGUUUGAGAUGCUCCAUCCUCUGAUAACUUCAGACACCCAUGUGUUUUUUAACAUCAAUGGAUUCUCUAAGUUUGGACUUGGCAAAAAAAGACGCAGAGAGGAAAACAUCAAGUGUCGGAUCGAAGCUCUUGUGAUACUCAUUCUAGAUGAGUCUACACUGAAUGUUUUUCUGCUACCAAGGAAUUUUGAUCUCUGUGAGCUAUGUGAAAAGAGGAGGAAGUUGAAGCAAAGAGCAGAGAUCUAUGUUGAUACCAUAUCAAACUGCAGACUAACCUCUGACGAGGAAUACAGUCUCACCUGCCCUUCAGAGAAGCCCAAAGUAAUGCACAAAGUAAUUCCAGAGGUAAAUAGAAUGAUGAUUCAUUAUUUUUGUAUUGGUUCUAAAUGUAGCUGUUGAUCAGUCAAAGGUGAUGAGAGCAACUCCUUUUCUCUUUUCUUGAUGGGCUGCAGAUUGGU